CUGUCUUCCUCACGGUAUAGACUAUAGAUCAGCCACUCCAUGAUGGCACACCGCCAGAUUACCCGGCCGCUUCUUACCGGCGCAUGUAUCACUAUCUUUUUAAUCUUUCUCUUCUUGGUCCAACCUCAAGGUCCGCCGAGUCCCGCCGUUCGCGCUCCUGGCCACCUCGACAAAUCCGCGCCGGCCGUGGUGUCCAAAGAUGAUUUGAUCAAAGGGGAGGUGGUGAUGCCCAAGCUCGGGAAUGCGACGGCAAAGGCGGAAUUAGGCCGUGCGACCUGGAAAUACUUCCAUACCAUGCUGGCUCGGUAUCCCGAAGAUCCGACCGAGGAGCAGCAGGAAACCUUGCGCUCUUUUAUCUAUCUCUUUGCGCGACUCUAUCCAUGUGGCGAAUGCGCUUCGCACUUCCAAGGUCAUUUGAAAAAGUAUCCCCCGCAGGUCUCGUCGCGCAAUGCGGCUGCUGGAUGGGGCUGUUUCAUUCACAACGAAGUGAACAUCAUGCUCGAGAAGCCCGAGUUCGACUGCAACAAUAUCGGCGAUUUCUAUGAUUGCGGCUGCGCGAAAGACGAAGAGGACGAGGAUGAGGACUCCACCACAAACAAGGAUCUGACUAGUGCGCGGAGGGAGGCCGAUAGCGUGGACGCAUUGCCGCCGGUCGAGAUUAACAGGGAACCGUUCGUGCUCCCUUCGUAUCCCAUGAUUAUGGAUGCCUUGCUGAUCAGCUUCCACUAUAGGACUACUCGAGGAUGA